UGCUACCAUACCAUCCCAUAAUUUCCUUCCAUACACGCAUAGAGUCAACUGCCUAGAUAAUCACAAGCUCUCUAGCUAGCUAGUUAGCACGUUCCCGCCGUAGUCCAGGUCAAAAAAAAAAAGUUAGCACGUUAGCAGCCUAUUCUUAAGUAGCAGCUUGCGAUCGAGAUCCGUGAACACACAUUAGACAGCACAGAUGGACCGUGUGAUGAAGCUGGCGUCGGAGCGGGCGGUGGUGAUCUUCACCUCGGACUCGUGCUGCAUGUGCCACACGGUGACCCGCCUUUUCCGCGACUUCGGCGUCAACGCUCUAGAUCAUGAACUAGACCAGGAUCCCAAGGGCAAGGAGAUGGAGAGGGCGCUCAUCAAGCUUCUCGGUAAGGGGCCGCCUGUCCCGGCGGUGUUCAUCGGUGGGAAGCUUGUCGGCGGCACCAACAAGGUCAUGUCUCUCCAUCUCAGCGGCGAGCUUGUCCCCAUGAUUCGGAAUGCAGGUGCCCUGUGGCUAUAGAGGGCACACGAUCUAGACAGAGGAGAGUGCGCGUAACUCUAGUACCACUCGGAAAAUAAAUAGGCAGAGAGAGUGACAUGUUUUCCUAGAAUAACAUAGCUACGUCAGUACAGGCUUUUUCAAUCCUGUUCUGAGGACAGCCAAGUUUUGGAUCCUUAUAACUAGUGACCAAUGUGCAUGCAUGGUUUAUGCAUGUUGUAUCUUUCUGGUGCCUUUAGUCUUACCUCCAUUGAGGAAUACAUUUGAUUCAGGUUGUGUUUC